CACGGACUGGAUCAAGUUCUGAUACUGAAAUUCUGCUCCCACAACCUUGAUGCUGGCAAAAUUGUCCCAAUGGACAGAUGCCAUAAGAACCAAAAACUGAACUGAACUGAUUCAUGCAUCAUUCGUGACAGUACUUUGUUUGACGUUUAUUAAUAGUUCUAACCUCAAAAAUAUUGAAAUAGUGAAUUAGUGACCAGUUUUCUUCGCAAGAAGCUAUAACAUUUGUUAUAAAUUAAUCUAUUACUUAAGAUAAUAACAUGGCGAAACCUGCAAACAAGACUGGGAAGAAGUCGAGCGAGGAGGUGUUCACCGGUUUCCAGACCCUGCGCGCCGAGCAACGGCAGCUCGCCAACAAGAUCUCGGAGCUGGAAAUGGACUUAAACGAGCACAAGAUUGUGGUGGAGACGCUGAAAGGCGUGGAGGCCGACCGGCGCUGCUUCCGCAUGGUGGGCGGCGUGCUGCUGGAGCGCACAGCGGGCGCCGCGCUUGCCGAGCUUGAGGCCAACCUACAGCGCCUGCCGCAGGCCCUUGCUGCGCUCAACGAGCAACUUGCUAACAAGGGCCAGGAAAUAAAUGCUUAUAUUGAGACCCACGACAUCCGCCUGCAGCGCGGCGCCACCACAGCGCCCGCGCCCGCGCCCGAGGCAGAGGCACCCUCCUCGCAGCAGAACAAUGUGCUGGUCGCCAGCGGCUGACCACUCACCCACUCAGCAGUCAGCACGGCACCCCCCAUUACAGUGCUUACAUUUUCACUUUGUUAUAAUAAAAGUUACUGAAACUGUAUAGACUGUGUAAAUACCUGAUGUGGUAAAUCUGCUCAUUGCCAGUUUCAGGCACUAAGCUCGAAUUAACAAGUUUCAGAUAUUUUACUAACAACUGUGUAUAUCCUUGUGUGGGCUCAAAUACUUAUUCAUCUACAUUGUGUAGGUUGUAGAAGCCUUGAGAGAUUUACUUAAUUUUCAAAUGAAGAGUUUCUUCUUUUAAAUUAUGCUUCAGAAAAAUGUAACAUAAACCCAAAAUGAUUCUAAAUUAGGUACAUAUUAAUAAGUACGUAUUUUCGUUGGCUAUAAAAUAAACCAACAAUUCAAAUUGCUUGCUUUCAAAUUCAAAGUGCUUAAAUAGUAAAUAUCAAAUUCAAAAAAUAUUUAUUUUUAAGUUGUAUGGAUUAAACAUAUUUUAUGAAUUAAUACUGUUUAACAUUUUUUAAGAGUACCUAAAAACAAAUUCAAAAUAUCAUAAUCACAAAAGUGUUAAAUAGCGUCUCAUGCACCCUAGCUAGGUCUCCUAACUACCAGUUUUCCAGACAGUGACACGUGUAUAAUGGGCGCGCCAAAGUUCAUAUAAAAUUGCAAAUUCGAUUAUUGAAACCCCGAAAAUGUAUUUCAUACAAUUUUACAUCCUAAUGAUCAUUAUACAUUUUCAUUUUAAACAAUA